AUGGCGUGCACCAAGUUCGGGCUUGCGCCCGAGCUGCUUCGAAAGAUGAUCGAGGCUGGCUUCGAUACCUUCGGUAGGGUGGCAUUUGCAGCCGGGGCGAAUCCUAUGACGCUAACGGACAGUGCCGUCGAUGAGUGGAUCGCUACUUUUGAGGAUCCACUGCCGAGUCUGUUUCAGAUUUCAGUCAUCAGGAGGAUCGCUUAUGAAAGCCAGAAUGUCAGCAUUGCCGACCUCAAGGCCAGAGUCGAGCCAAGUACCGAAGUGCAGGUGCGUAAACUUCCUGUGGCGGAGCGUUUGGUUAGGCAAGAGGAGCAGGCCAAGAGGCUGACCGGGUUGCAGCUGACUCCACACAACAUGCCGGGCCAUGCGUGCGUGGACGAAGUCGUGAGCAUGAUUGAGAACAACACCCUGAAGUACUUGCCCAUGAAUCGUUGGAUUAGCAGGAGCCAGGAGCUAGCCUUGCGCAAGAACGACCCUGCAGUCUCGUUGGACAACGAAGGAAACAUAAAGAUCAGUGGCAAGACCCCAGAUCUGACUUGUGAUACUUCGGGGUUGUAUGCACUCCGGCAAGCCUUCCAGCGAUGCGCUUUGGCGUUUGAUUUAGGGCACUUAGCCACGUUCGGGUGUAUGGAAGCCUGGACAAACGACAUCUUCGAGAGGACCCAAAGGACUCCCCCGAAAGGCUAUGCAGCGGUUAGCAUUGGUCAGCUAAUUUCCGCUGACCGCGAGAUGUUUGUGCAAGCGGUUGACCCACCGCCCGCACCGCCUGAGGACGCUGCUCCUCGUGAUCCGAAGGGCGGUGGCAAACUCAAGAAGGCUCGCAGGCAAAUGCAGUCUGAAAGUUACCAAGGGCGGGUGUGCCAAGGGAUUCCACCAGUGCUGGAAGGAGUUUGCAACAAGCAUUUUGCAGUCUGGUUCCUCCCCAAGGCAUGGCAAGGCAGGCGGCUAGUGUUAGUGGCCUAUUCGGUGCAAGCACUGGAUCGGCUCUCAGCUGACGACAGUCGUGGGCAGCUGUCUCGGGCGCUGUGGAAGGCAGGCUUUCUAGUCCUGUCCCUAGACGCUUCCAUUGCAAAUGCCGCGGCACCCACUGCCAAGCUCAACGUGGGCACUGAUCAAGGUGAUCGUCUUGCAAGUCAGCCGAAACCCUUGAGAUCCAGCAAAUUUCCUCUCGGAUUGCCCAACCUGGAUGAGGCUGCAUCUGCAAAAGUCAGGAUGGUCACAGCUGGCCAUUGCAAGGACUGGAAACAGUCCUCUUCCACAACUGCUGUCAUGGAGGUCUUGGACGAAUACAUGACGGCAAGUCCUGCCGAACUGGCCCUGAAAAGGAGGUUGGCACUGCUGAAAGUGAAGCUUCUUGUUCGUUCCUUGGAAAGGUUGCUUGAAGAAUUCAAAUAUGACGAUCUUGAGGCAACGAAGUUCAUGAUGGAGGGGUGUCCACUGGUCGGGACGUCCGACCUUCCCAAGCCCUUUGAUGCCAAAAUCGUGCCCGCCACCUUGAUCGAGCAAGAGCUUCGCGCUACCGCCAAGGCCCGCAGGCAAACCUUGGUUCAGACAGGGCGGCCGGGCGAUGCCGAGCAUGUUGAGCAUCUUGUGCGAUCCACUUUGGACGAGGUGGACCGAGGAUUCCUGGAUGGACCGUUUACGGAAUCCGAGGUUUCCAAACGUCUUGGUCAUGCAGAUUGGACGGCAGUGCGAAGAUUCGUGCUCGUACAAGGUGCCGAGAUGAAGCUUCGUCCGAUUGACGAUUGUGCCGAAGCUCAGCUGAAUGAUGCAUACACGUCAAUGAUUAAGCUCCGAAUGAUGGACUCGGACUAUAUUUCAUCUCUCGCUUUGAAGAUUGCCCAUCUUGAAGCAGAACGCAUGACCCAAUUCUUCAUUGGGAACGCUUUAGUUUUCGGUGCAACAUCUGCUGUCUUCGCCUUUAAUAGGUUUUUAGUACUAGGAAUGUCACUUGAUCUGAGCCAGAUCCAGAGUCAAGUUGUGGUCCUCGCCAACAAGCCCGGCAGGGCGGAGAGGAUUUCGCAAAAGCUUGGAGAGAUCGCGACGGCUGGGCGAAUCAACAGGCAUGAAGCCCAAGUUCUUCGCGGAUUGCUGCAGUUUGCCUCGGGGUUCUAUGCAGGCAGGGGUUUAAAGCAGACCUGCUGUUGGCUUGGAGAAGUGGUGAAAGGCGUGCCUUUUUCCCCCGAGCAGGUGCGAGAAAGAUGCAAGCAAGCACGGUGCAUAAUCGCAUCCUCGUCGCCGCGCUUUCUGCGUGUGAGCCCUUCUGAACCUUUGCUCCACCUCUACACUGACGGCUCUUGGGAGAAGAAUGUUGCAGGCAUCGGUGCAGUGCUGUUCGAUGCAGGCACGAACCGUGGCCGGGUCUUUCAGGGCUUCGUUGAUCCCUGGCUGGUGAAGACUUGGCUGUCGUCCGUGGGCGAACAACUCAUUUGUGAGAUUGAGCUGUAUGCGUUGGUCGCCAUCAGGCAUGUUCUUGGCUCGACCUUCGAAGGUUGA